AACUAUUCCUUUAAUUACAGUCGGCUGCAUGUUUAGUACUGUCCCUUUAAGACCUGCACGCAUCUAAUAUACAGGCACGCAUGCGUUUCUCUCAGCUGUUUACCUUCAUUUUAGACAUAACCAACUGAGUCUAUACAUAAACCUGGUGUGUUUUGACAGUAUUAGCACAAAACAUAACUUAGUUCAGUAAUCAGGCGCUGUUUGACGGGCUUUUUAUAGCACGCGCUUUGGGUGUAUGUGCUCAGAAAAGGCGCUCCUCAGAACAGAACACUGAGUGAAACGUUUAACCAGUUGUGAUGACCAGAAGUGAAAAAGGAAGUGCUUGAGCGAUCACCCCUCCCACUGUCAAAGUCUAUAAUAACUCCAUAAACCACAAGUGAUCAUAACAGCAAAGCAGACUCUCUUAUAUCCUUUCAGCUCAUUGUCAGACUGGGACAGAUUCAGGAUGGCUGAAUCUUAUGUGCGACACGUGGAACUGUUAGGCUUUGAGAAAAGAUUCUUCCCCAGCCAGCACUAUGUGUACAUGCUCCUGGUUAAAUGGAGUGAUCAAUCUGAAAAGCUGGUGUACAGACGCUAUCCAGAAAUCCACACGUAUCAUAAAACUUUGAAGGAAAUGUUCCCUAUUGAGGCAGGAGACAUUGACGCAAAGGACAGAAUCAUUCCCACUUUACCAGCUCCUAAAUGGCUCGACAAUCAGAAGACGACAGAGACGAGGCAGGUGACUCUCGCUGAAUACUUUCGUUCUCUUCUCAACUUGCCUCCAAAGAUCUCCCGCUGUCAGCUUGUCUGUGACUUCUUCAAAAUGCGGCCUGAAGAUGAAACUCCACCAGCACCACAUCCGUACAAAAGAAACGAGACCUUCAUUAUGUCCACAAACAGAGCACGGGGCAACACCACAUCAGAAAUCACAGGGCCUAUCAUGCUUGAGAGCUACAGAGUGAUUGCAGACUACAGCAAGAGCUCAAAGUAUGAGCUCUCUCUAAAGAUGGGAGACAUGGUGGACAUUGUGGAAAAAAGCCCAAAUGGCUGGUGGUUUUGUCAGUGUGAGUCCAGGAGAGGCUGGGUGCCAGCUUCAUAUUUAGAGCCUCUGGAUGGAGCAGAUGAAUCAGAGGAACCAGAGCCUAAUUAUGCAGGAGAGCUCUACAGAACCACUAAAGGGUAUAAAGCUGUUGAAGAGGAUGAGUUGACUCUUGAGGUUGGAGAGAUGAUCGAGGUCAUCCAUAAACUUCUUGAUGGGUGGUGGGUGGUCAGGAAAGGAGAGGAUAUGGGCUUCUACCCAUCUUUGUUCCUGUGCAGGACGGGAGAGAGGAAAGAGGUGGAUGCUGAGAUGGAUGUGGUCAGAAGAGCAACACCACCACCCAGAAGGUCUACCAUACGCAAUGCCCACAGCAUCCAUCCUAAGGGACGUCAGCGAAUCAGUCAGGACAGCUAUCGAAGACAGAGUCGACGGUUCUUACAGCAGCGAGGAAGACUGAACUCCCAAUCCAGGAAUGUGACACGAUCCCCACUGCAGGAGAGGAAGACAAACAGAGAGAACAUUGUAAAAUCAGGCUCUCCUCAAGCAGAAGAUCUGGAUGAAAGUAUUCCAGUCAUCCCUCCUCGGCCCAGUCCUCAGCUCAUUCUGGAGCGCUGCACUGAGAACACAUGCAAGAGAAUCAGCAUCCAUGAGGCCAACUGAAGUGACCGAGUUAUGAAGCGAUGAUGUGUUCAAUCUUGACUUGAAUCUGUGUUAGAAAUGGUCACAGGCAUUCAGAUACUUGUUUAUACAAAUGCUCUGUUCAUUUCUGCUUAGGCCAGAACCUGUUAUAAGCUAUGUGUUAGACAUUUUAUACGUGUAACGUUUAUGUCAACCAGCUAUAUUCCAGUAUGCAUAUUUAUGGCUUGCUGUGUUUAAAUUGUUCUUGAUAUUUUUGUAAACAGUGACAAAUAAAUAAAUAAAUAAUAAUUGCAAAUCAAA